UAGGAAGUAGGCCAAGCUUAUUAAUAAUUUCCAUUCUUGUAAUCUGCUGCCUUGAGGUUAACUGCUUCCUUUAACCUACUAGAUGAAUGCCUGAUAUGUCAGAUAUAGUAUCAUCAAAAUGAUCCAUGGAGCAGCAGGACAUGACUAAAAUACAUUUCAUGUGACCGCUGGUUUGGCUGCCUCUAAUUUGAACAUGGCUGGGCUGCAAACAGCAGGGAAGUUACUUUUAUGAUGUACCCAGGGAACUUCCACUGGAUUUUUUUUUAGGUGGUUUUCUAUAAUAAUGUUUUGUCUGUUGAAAUCAAACAACAAGUAUUCUAGCUAAGCAAGGAGGUUGCCCGUGAAACUACAUGUUCCAUAAUGCUUCGCUUCCAAGAUGACCAAAAACAGACGGACCCAGCGCUUUGAAAGCCCGAAGUCCGGAGGAAAAGUUCCUGUCAAGUUUGCCUACAAUGACCUUGAAGAACUUGGAUAAAAGCAAAUGCGUAGCUGACAAGAGAAGCAGCAGCUGUAGAGGCCAUUGGAUUUGACUCUGGCUCACUCACUCUCAAGGAGAGACUGUCCUACCAACAGUACCUGCAACCAAUCAAUGCAAGGAUACUCCUAGCAGCACAGGAAGAACUGUCAUUUACAACAACCAGCCCUGGUACCAGAUGUGCGAUCAGCCUGCUGUUUCUCCCUGAUCCACCAGGGGGCCUCAGUCACUCACAGAGACCAACCCUGAGUCCUCCACUCUCACCCUGAACACCCCGGCCCCAGUCAAGCUGUCCCACCCUCAUCCAUCUCCAUCUCAUCUCUUCUUCUGGCCCGCACACUCCCCACUGGACCCCCUGUUGACCCUCUCCCUUUAUAGGGGGGAGGCGUCCGGGGGCCUCGAUGAGGAGACCCUGCCCCUUUAUGAGGGCCUUAAUAUGGAGUGCGACCUCCUGGAAAGAGUGGAUAGGGGAAGCCAUGAUGUGUCCACCCUCACUGAACUUUGUUCAGGUGGCGAUAGUGAGGUGGAGAUAGUGAGCCUGCUGUCUGAGGGACUGCCUAACUACACUCUGCGGGCAGACUGCAUGUUUGGCUACGACCACGACGACUGGCUCCACACUCCUCUGCUGCCCCCGGAGGUUGCCCUGGGACUCACACACGACCAGAUAGAAGAGACACUCAAGUACUUCUUGCUGUGUUCAGAGAGAGUGGGCCAGGUCACUAAGACGUACCAUGACAUCGAGGCUGUCACCCACCUACUGGAAGAGAAUGAAGAACAUCAAACCGCUGUCGUCUUGCAGAAAGAGCGGGACCUCGAGUUGGCGGCCCGGAUCGGCCAAUCACUGCUCAAGCAGAAUCGGGAUCUAACGGCACGGAAUGAGUUAAUGGACGAACAGCUGGAGAUCGCUAAGGAAGAGAUAGCCCAGCUGCGACAUGAGCUCUCCAUGAGAGACGACCUGCUCCACUUGUACGCCAGCACAGAGGAGAUCGAGAACGCCUCCGACUCACACGCACUAAUGAAGAGGAACGAGUCGUCAAACUCCCUCAGUAACUUUGUCAAUUAUGACUUCAUACAGCAGAAACUCAAAGGUCUGGAGGAGGAGAACCUCAAACUACGCUGUGAGGCCAAUGAACUGACGUCAGAGACCGCUAACUAUGAGGAACAAGAGCAGGAGCUGAUGAUGGUGUGUGUGGAGGAACUCACCUCUGUGAAUAAGCAGGUGGUGGACCUGUCUGAUGAGUUGGCCCGUAAGGUGGAGGACACCCUCAGGCAGCAGGAGGAGAUCAGCUCCCUGCUCGCACAAAUAGUCGACCUGCAGGCACGCUGCAAAAGGCUCACCACUGACAACGAAGAGCUGACCCAGCACCUGAGUGCCUCACGGGAGAGCCAAUCACAGCUCAAAUCAGAGCUAAACUACCUGCAGGACAAGUACUCAGAGUGUGAGGACAUGCUACGGGAGGCCAGAGAGGACAUUAAGAACCUGCGCAACAAGAGCUUGCCCAACAGCACGGUGCAGCGCUACAGCUCCCUAUCAGCAGUGUUCCCCAUGGACUCCCUGGCAGCAGAGAUAGAGGGGACCUUCCGCAAGGGCCUGGACGUCCCUGCCCCCUCCGAGUACAAGAAUCACCCGUGGCGCGUGUUUGAGACGGUGAAGGUGGUGAACCAAGCGUCGAGGCUGCGGUCGCGGUGCCACUCCCCCGGCCAGGUGCCCGGCUCCAGCCCUGUGUCGCUGCGCUCCAGCCGUGCCUCCACCCCCCGUACCAGCUACUACGGCUCAGAUAGCGCCAGCCUCACCUUGGAGGACAAACCACCUAGUGCCGUAUCGAGACUGGCAGAGGUGGCACACACUGAGGACAGCAGUGUAAGUGGCCCUAAGCGUCUGGGUAUGCCGGGCAUGCCUGGAGGCCAGGACCUUGAAGCCGCCCUCCGCUGUUUAUCUGACCGCCAGCAGAGCCAUGCCUCAGAGCGCCCCUUCUUUGAGGUGGAGCGUGAACGCAAACUCCGCGCCCUGGCCGCCGCCUGCCAGCGGGGCAGCGAGAAGGGUGAGGGGGUGGGCGAGCUGGGCUCCAGCGGGUUCCUUACGCCCAACGAUAGCCUGGUGUCCAGCUCGGUGGCGUCGACAGGCACCAACUACUCCAAUGGCAGCUCGCUGCACUCCUCAGCCGGAUCGGGGGGCUCGCGCUCCUACCUACCUGACCGCCUGCAGAUUGUCAAGCCCCUGGAAGGCUCAGUGACCCUGCACCACUGGCAGCAGCUGGCCACGCCCAACCUGGGAGGUAUCCUGCACCCUCGCCCGGGGGUCCUCACCAAAGACUUCCGGGAGCUGGAGAUCGACCUCCAACACGUCUACAGCCUCAAUGACCUGGAGGAGGACGAGCCUGACCUAUUACAGCUCUCCCAUGGCCUGGCUGCCGGAGCCCACGGAACCAUGGUCACUCCUCCAUCCUCUGGCCCCAACCUACCCCAGACCCCUCCCACCCACACCGUCACCACCUGUCGGCGCCACCACCCAUCCCUCCUGCUCCCCUCCUUCUCCACCAGUGGUAGGAAACGCUGGUCCAAGCACUUUCUCCAGCUCUAAAGGGGGCUUCCUAGGCAAACUUUUGCUCUCGCAGCCUGUCCGCUCGUGGGAGCUGUGAGCAUCUGAGUCCCACGUCGCCCUCCUCUUCCAAUCAGCAGCACUGUGUGCUGACCUUGGACCCUAGCCAGGGUGGUGGCCACCACUCCACCCCAGCACCUCCUCUAUCACUGGGACUCCUGAAGCUGCUGGAGGAGCAGUGCAUCUCUGCCUCCACCCUCCCCUACCCUUACCACCAACUGACCCCACACACGCCCCACACACGCCCCACACACGCCCCACACACACCCCACACACACCCCACACACACCCCACACACACCCCACAACGGCAGAGGAAGAGCGGGGUGGAGGAACAUGCAUUAUGGAGGAAGAAAGGAGAAUUAACAUUUUCAGCUUCAACCUGGUAGAGAAGCUGAGGAGUCUGGGACUUCACAAGGUGGCAGCCCGAGGCGUGGUGGACUGAAGAGAGAACGAAGAGGAGAGAAAAGCAAUCCGACAAUACAGACAUCCACCUAGAGUCUGAGAAAGACUGGGAAAACUCCUUCUCCCCUUCCUCCUUAAUCCUCAUUGACUUCAAUCCACAUGCUGGCUAUGCCACUGUACCGACAUUUUGUGUUUCGGGCCCACAGCAAUACAUCGUAAAUGGAACCUCGGGAGAACCAUAGAGCCAUACAUUGAGUUUCUGUUACAUGUACAGUCACUCUUCUUUUUGUAAUGGACUCAUGUAUUGUAUAUACUAGGUCUCCACGACAAUGCGUGAUGUCAUGAUCAUUCUCAGGAGAAUCACCUGAUCACCAGUCCGGCUGGCUUGAACACGCGCAAGUUUUUUUUUUUUAAGAUCAAAAGAUGAGGAACAUCAAAGAAAAACAUGCGUUUCUUUUUUAUACCUGUGUUUCGUGGGUGUCGAAUGGUUUUACACUUUUUUUUUUAAGCCCCCCCCCCCCGCUAUGCUUUUUUAAUAUAUAUUUUUUACCAUAAAAUACAAUCACAUUACCUUUUCAUUACUUUAGGAAAGAUUCAAGGUAUCGUUAUUUAAGAACCACCACCAAACGGACCAGUUCGUCAUCCACAGAUGCACUGGAAUUCAGUAUGGGCUUUUGCAUAUUAGCUGCUAUUAGAAAAUGAAGCAUUUGUGGGUAUUAACCACAUUGACUUUACUGUGGUAAAACCACAAGCACUUCAAUCACUCCCCAUUACAGAAUGGUAGAGAGAUUGAUACACUGACUUUACUUCCUGAACCUUUGUGACAUUAUUGACAUUCACUGAGUUAUACUACUCUGCUCUUUACUCAAAAGUCCUCAUUUAGCACUCGCAGUACUGUGUGUUUACAUGGCAUCACACAACAUCACCUGCUACAAGUCAUUGUAAAACGCUUUACUUCGAAAUGCUUUCAAUUAUUGUAAACUUCUGUAUUUAGUCGAACCUCACCAAAGCAUUCAGGUAGUUUACCAUGCUGUAUCAAAGACAACAGAAAGUGACUGUAAAAGGUCUCGGCACUAGUCUAUGUGCUGGAUCUGUGUUAACAGAGCUUAAACUAAAGUGUUGUUGGUACAAAUGUAAUGUCAUCAGGAAUAAUGAAAGUGAGUUGUAUGAAAAACCAAGUGAUCAUGGACUGCAUGCUUUUUUUGGAUGCUCUUUCAGCUGUCUGGACAAUCAAUUGUAGAUAAAAGGCGUAGGAUACUGCAGAUCAAAAGGGAAAAUGAUGACAAUUUGAAUUCAGAAGAAAAUGAACCAAACAGCACUACAUAUAUUUCAGAUGUUGAAAUGGACUACUGUGCUGAAUUCUAUGUUAUGAUCACUGAGAUGAAUGUCUGUAUAUAUUGUACCACAUGUACAUUAAAAAGUACAUUGUAUUUCCAUCAGC